UUGCGAGUAAAUAGGGAAGAUUCCGUUAUCAACAACAUCGAUGAACAAUACAACCGGCUCGUCGAACAUCUUCACGAUAGCGCUGAGAAAGCAGGGAGUCUACAAGAAACCAAGAGACGGCUUUCUUGGAAGACUCUCGAGCUGAUACGCCGGCGUGGAAUCGCGGAAGUGAUAAAGGAAGAUCUGAUAGAGAAAAGAGCAGUUCUUACUGAAGCUGCCGAGGCCGGAAAGAGCAUUCGCAAGGCAUUCCAGAGCUUCAUCAAUUAUAAGACCAAGAUGACUUCCCCUUGUCGUCCUGGUGGAACUGUUACUGCAUCCCAAAGGGAUGAGCAUGCAGUUAACGUCAUUCAACGCGCUGUGGAAAAGACGAUGCUCGGAAUUCCCCCAUACACGCAAGUGCAGAAGGGAAUCCGGAAUUCCGAGCUCCGUCGACGAAUGAAGAUCAGGAUGCCGUUGUUUACGCCAAGAGAUCGAAAACCAGAUGGUCAGACUUCUUCACGAAAGCUCUGAACGAAAGGAAUGCUGGACCUCGUGUCCCUGA